AUGUGGAAGCCGCCAAUCAACUUCAUUACGCUGCAUUAUGCAUACAUUCUCAGUUUCGGGAUUCUGGCCCUGAUCAUCAUCUAUCCCUAUGGCAAUCUCUCGGCUAUCGAUGCGUACUACUUCGGUGUCAGCGCGUCGACUGAAUCUGGCUUGAACCCUGUUGAUGUCAAGGCUCUCAAGACAUACCAGCAGAUCUUUGUUUACAUCACGCCUAUCGUUACAAAUCUGGGAUUCAUCAAUGUACUCGUCGUCGUUGUGCGACUACGCUGGUUCAAGCAGAAGCUCAAGGGCAUUGCGGCGGCACACAGUAGGCCCAAGAGCUUGCAGCUGUCUAUGAGUCGGGCUCAAACAAUCGACAAUACCGCCGAUACACGAAAGAUCGAGGAGGGUCUCACCGGCGAGACCACGGUCUCGGAAAAGAAGCCUGUUACCACUACAGACGAGUCGAACGACCAACCUUCCGCUCCUGCUCCUCGCAUCACGUUCGCCCCAGAUCCUCGACCUCAUGUCAACGAAAAAGGCGCGUUGUAUGUCCCUGGUCCGCGAGAACGUGAUAAUGGCGAACACAUCACUUCGAUGUCAGAUGAGGAAAGCGAAGACGAAGAUGAAGAUCGCAUCAAGCCCGUCGCAGAGUCAAGCAACCCACUGCGUCGCCUGCGGUCAGAGACAAGAAGUAUGAACACGCGUACCAUGAGCAAGGCUACCUCCGUAGACCGCGCUGUAUCCUCCAUCUUCGUUCUCGGAAGUACCGCAAGCGGCGCCCGUCGUAGCGAAGACAAGCCGGCACGCAAGACACCCACCAUUGACCUGAGCUCCAUGACCCGGGAAGAGUUGGGUGGUGUUGAGUAUCGCGCGCUGCAGGUCCUGCUCAAGGUCACCAUUGGAUACUUUGUCGGCCUACACACACUGGGAGUCGUUUGCCUACUCCCAUGGAUCCACAACGCACCUGCUAAAUAUCAAGACUACCUCGCAUCACAGGGUCAAGAUAAGACGUGGUGGGCGUUCUACUCCGCUCAAACCAUGGUCGACAACCUCGGCCUAACCCUCACACCCGACAGCAUGGUCACCUUCCGCGACGCCACCUGGCCCAUGCUAGUAAUGUCCUUCCUCGCCUUCGCCGGCAACACAUUCUACCCAGUCUUCCUCCGCCUGCUCAUCUGGUCCAUCUACAAAAUCGCACCCGCCGCUUCUUCCCUCAAAGAAUCCCUGCGCUUCCUCCUCGACCACCCGCGCCGAUGCUACACCCUCCUUUUCCCCAGCACCGCCACCUGGAUCCUCGCCUCCAUCCUUUUCGCCCUAAACUUCAUCGACACCCUCCUCAUCAUCGUCCUCGAUCUCGACAACCCCGAAGUAAACAGCCUACCCGUCGGUCCCCGCAUCCUCGCCGCUAUCUUCCAAUCCGCAUCCUCGCGCCACACUGGUACCGCGACCUUCAAUCUCGCCGCCGUCAAUCCAGCUGUUCAGUUCAGUCUGUUAGUCAUGAUGUACAUUUCCAUCUACCCCAUCGCCAUCAGCAUACGCAUGAGCGAGAGCUACGAGGAGAAAUCCGUGGGUCUCUACGCCGGGGAUGAGAAUCUCGAUGAGCAGAAGGGGGGCAAGACGUACCUCAUCAGCCAUAUGCGGAACCAACUCAGUUUCGAUUUGUGGUAUAUCUUCUUGGGCGUUUUCAUGAUUUGUAUUGCUGAGAGCGAUAGGAUUAUGAGUCAGGAGGACUAUGCUUUCAACGUCUUCGCCAUCUUCUUCGAAGUCGUAUCUGCGUACGGUAACGUCGGUCUUUCGCUUGGUCACCCUUCGAAUCUCACGUCGCUGUCUGGCCACUUCAACACGUUUGGCAAAGUGGUGAUUUGCUUCAUGAUGCUGCGUGGUAGACAUCGCGGUCUGCCUUAUGCGCUUGAUCGGGCGAUCAAUUUGCCUCAUGACCUCAUUACGGAGGAUGAACAGGAGGACAAGUAUAGAGAUGAAGAUACCACGACGGCUGGGGGCGUUAGUGGGUCUGCGAGCGAGAGUGAGGGGAGAGGGAGGAAGAUGAUGAAGAGUUUUACGCAGUAA